AUGGAUCUAAAUCAGGAUAUGGAUCAGUUGGCGUCUGAGUUUUACGCCGACCUUUCUACCAAAGCUAAUGUUGACACUAAUCAGAAGGCUGCUUUUGUAGAUGACUUUGUCAUUACACCUGAUUCUGGUAAUCAAAACCAAAGUUUUGCUCCGCAAAAUUAUCGUCAAACGGAUGAUGACUAUGCCCAGUUAUAUUCACUGUAUUCAAAGCCAACUACUAAUUUCAAUACCAAUGGUUUCCAACAGGACAGUUUAGGUGACGCAACUUUGGCGGAGUUUCAAUUGAAUGAUAUCAAUUUUGAUUUCCUUUUGAAAACACAACAACAGCUUCCACAGCAACUAUCUUCACAGCAACAGCAACAGCAGCAAGUACCGCAGAUACAGGAAAACCUACUAUCGAAUAAUGAUAGUGAUACUCAGCUUUUGAACUCCGGACUAGGGUCUGAUUCGUCACGACAACAUGGACAACCUUACAAUCAGCUACAACACCAACAAGAUGAAUUUGAUGGUAGCGGGAACACCAAGGUUGGCCCAAAGGGCAUGCCUGGAGCAUUUCUUCAACAAGGGGACAAUAUGGAGCUUGAUGAUUCGCCUCCAUUCACCAUCGAACUGGAUCUCUAUUUUGACCAAGGUCCAGAUAAUAACUCAAUCAUCACCAGUAACAACAUGCUACCUCAUCACGAUAAUAGAUCUUCUAUCAUUAGUCAUAGCAAUAUCACUGGCCAUCACAAUAACCACUUGAAGAGCCCCGUGCAACCAAGCGAGUUCAACAUUAGCCCGUUUGAUGAUGCAUCAAGAGUUUCAUCUGUUCAAAAUAUACAAUACAUGGGGAAUAACAAUUUUGAUGGAAAUAAGGCAAUCAAUAGACGCAGCUUUGUUGACAACGAGAGUCAACUAUUCAAGGGGAGAUUAAGAAAUGGGUCUAUAGAUUCCUAUUACGCUGCCAAUGUGAUCAACCAACAUUUGCAUCCACAAUUACAUCAGCAACAGCAACAGCAACAACAACAGCAGCAGCAAUCACUCCAACAGUUUCAGUAUCAACAACAAGCUCAUGCACAGAACAAUUCGUCUUCGUUCCAGGAGAUGUCACCAAUUACAACAACCACUUCCAAUACACACUCUGUAUCUUCAUUACACUCGACACAGCCAUCUUUUUUCUCAGCACAACAAUUCUUUACCAGAAAUUCUUUGGAUCAACAACUGCUGUCAUUGAAUGGACCAUCCCUGGAUAUAUUUGGAAGACCUUCGUUGGAUAGCCAGCGGUCGCAACAACAGCAACAACGUAAUGCGAGAUACACUAGUUUCACCAAUUCUAUCUCCAAUAUGAUUCCGUUUAUGGGUGAUCGGAGUCAGUCGCAAAGGUCACCUCCUGGUAACUCAACACAACCAGUUAUGAGCAAUAAUGCUACACCUAAUCAGCCACGACACUUAAUUCGGUCAAUAUUCAAGUCCAACUCAGCUUUGAACUCGAGUCAGAAUCAAGUAGCAGAUGAUGUUGAUGACAAGAUGGAUAACAAUGAUGAUGUGAAUAUGGAUGAAAUAUCGAACCAAUUUUUGAGCUCAGCCGUAGACAACUCAAAUUUGACAAUAGGUUCAGAGCUUGAACCUGAGUUUGAAUUACCUAAGAAACAAAAGACAUCUAAACGAAGUUUGUUUACGAGAUUCAAGUCAUCUAAGCAAGAUGAAGUUGAAAGCAGUCCUAAAAUUGGUGAAAAAGAGCCUUUACUACAAGAAAGUGAGAGUUUGGAUACAACAAAUGUUGGUUCUGGACAAGCGUCAAGUGGAACACCGUCAUUUAUGACUGGUGGUCCUAUCAAUUUGGAAAACACCACUUCUGAAUCCUCACAAAAUAUUGCUGAGCCUGAUUAUGCGGCAUUGUUUGAAAAUGUAGGUAAAAGAAAGGCAAUUGGAUCAAACUAUAGAAAACCGAAACGCGAAAAGUCAAAAGAGGACCAAUCGCAAAUGCCACAACAAUCCAACAAUGCACCAGCGACGUCGUCCUUGUUUUUUGGCAAAAACAGUCAAAGGGGCAGAGGUGCUAGCAGCAACAAUUCGAUUGCUGAUAGUACUAGUGUAACCAAUAUCAGUGUCAAUUCCUCCAACGCAUCAUCAUCUUUAGCUGGCCAGAGCUUGGUUUUGAAUGAGAACGAUGACCAGGCAGAGUCUUCUACGUCUACAAUGCCACCACCACCAAAUCCAGCACCGCCGCAAUCUACGUCAACAUUGGCAACUGCAUCCAAGCGUAUUUUGGGAUCCAAGAUUAUGCUGAAAAAUAGCAAAAAAUCGUCAUCGAAAAUUACCAAGAAGGAUAAGGAAAAGGACAACGAUAAUGAUCGUGAUAUAAUCCCACUCGACGAAGAGCCAAUCAUUGCAUCGUUGGACACACCGGUGGCAACAAUGAUUUCCAAAGGAGUUGAAGUUGACGUUGAUUUAGCAUCAUUGGAUUUACCACCCGACACCAAGAUUUUUCCCACAGCAAUUAUCAAUUCCAAGAAUCGAACACGCGGUAGAAAAGAAAACAAGGAGGCUGAUUUGAAUGAUGAAUCCAAGAUUUAUUUGUGCAAUUAUUGUUCAAGGCGGUUUAAACGACAUGAGCAUUUAAAGCGUCAUUUUCGAUCUUUGCAUACUUUUGAAAAACCAUUUGAUUGUCCCAAAUGUAAUAAGAAGUUUAGUCGGUCGGAUAAUCUUCAGCAACAUUUGAAAAUUCAUAAUGCUAGCGAUAAUGGUGUUGUUAAGGAGGAAGAGGAGGAAGAGGCUCAAAUAGUUGAUGAUAUCUAG